AUGGCCGAUCAACUGAACAUGAACGGUCUGUCCCUCCAGGACUCCCAGCACGCCCCACAGAAUGGCCCAGGCCCACAGCAGAACGGCUUUGGCGCUGGUCGCUCCGCCUACAUCCCACCACACAUGAGAGGCUCAGCUCGUGGUCCAGCACCAGGACCGGGCCCAGCUCCCAACGGCCUUGACGGCGCAAACGGCUACCCAACUCCAGGCCAGGCAAACGGCUACGGAGGUCCACCACCACCAGGCGGUCGUGGCGCUGGCGGCCCACCAGGCGCCAACUGGGGCGCUACACAGUCCUUCACCCCUCGCGGCAACUGGGACAACUCUCCCCAACUUCCUCGCGGCUUCGAUCGUAACGCAUACGGCGCACCAGGCGGCGGCAGCGGAGGUGCCAGCGGCGGCGGUCGUGGCCACAGCGGCGCAGGAGACGGACAGUGGAGGGACGGCAAGCAUGUGCCAGGUCCAGCCAACCAGCGUCUCGAGCGCGAGUUGUUUGGUGUCGUCAACGACCCAAGCAAGCAACAGACGGGCAUCAACUUUGAGAAAUACGACGACAUCCCAGUCGAGGCAUCCGGUCAGGGUGUGCCAGAGCCCGUCACCACCUUCACCAACCCACCUCUCGACGACCACCUCAUCAGCAACAUCGAGCUUGCCGGCUACAAGCAGCCAACACCUGUGCAGAAGUACUCCAUUCCAAUCGUCAUGGGCGGUCGCGAUCUCAUGGCUUGUGCUCAGACCGGUUCAGGAAAGACUGGUGGUUUCCUCUUCCCAAUCCUCUCUCAGGCAUACCAGAACGGCCCAAGCGGCAACGCCCCAGCGCAGUCUGGCUUCGGUCGUCAACGCAAGGCUUACCCAACCUCGCUCAUCCUCGCACCAACCCGUGAGCUUGUUUCUCAGAUCUACGACGAGGCACGCAAGUUCUCCUACCGUUCAUGGGUGCGCCCAUGUGUCGUCUACGGUGGUGCCGACAUCGGCUCCCAGCUUCGCCAGAUCGAGCGCGGCUGCGACUUGCUCGUCGCUACUCCUGGCCGUCUUGUCGACCUGAUCGAGCGAGGCAGAAUCUCACUUGCUAACAUCAAGUACCUUGUUCUCGAUGAGGCUGACCGCAUGCUUGACAUGGGUUUCGAGCCACAGAUCCGCCGCAUCGUCGAGGGUGAGGACAUGCCACCCACUGACGGCCGCCAGACACUCAUGUUUUCGGCCACCUUCCCACGCGAUAUCCAGAUGCUCGCUCGCGACUUCCUUCGAGAGUAUAUCUUCCUUUCGGUUGGACGUGUCGGUUCGACCUCUGAGAACAUCACCCAGAAGAUCGAGUAUGUCGAGGACAUCGACAAGCGCAGCGUGCUUCUCGAUAUUUUGCACACCCACGGCGCUGGUCUUACCCUGAUCUUCGUCGAGACCAAGCGUAUGGCUGACUCGCUCUCCGACUAUCUUAUCAACCAGGGCUUCCCAGCCACCUCCAUCCACGGUGACCGCACCCAGCGUGAGCGUGAGCGUGCUCUGGAGAUGUUCCGCACUGGUCGCUGCCCGAUCCUUGUCGCCACUGCUGUCGCGGCUCGUGGUCUCGAUAUUCCCAACGUCAAGCACGUUGUGAACUACGAUCUGCCAACCGACAUUGACGACUACGUCCACCGUAUCGGUCGUACUGGUCGUGCUGGAAACACUGGUGUCUCCACCGCCUUCUUCAACCGUGGCAACCGCGGUGUUGUUCGUGACCUCAUCGACUUGCUCAAGGAGGCCAACCAGGAAGUGCCCGGCUUCCUCGAGUCCAUCGCUCGCGAGGGCUCAGGAUUCGGCGGAGGAGGCCGUGGUGGAGGUCGCUCAGGUGGCGGUCGUGGCCGUGGCUCAUCUGCCAUGAAGGAUGUCCGUACCUAUGGUGGCGGUCAGCGUCCAGCCUACGGCGGCGGCAUGAUGGGUGGCGGCGGCAUGGGUGGUGGUGGAGGCUACGGCAUGGGUGGUGGAGGCUACGGCGGCGGUAUGGGUGGUGGCAUGGGCGGCGGCAGCUACGGCAACCCAAGCGGACCAUCUGGACCAAACAGCUGGUGGUAA